AUGAAUCUUCUAUAUUUUAGGAUUUUCAUAUUAUUUUUUAUUUUAAUAUUAGUAUUAAAUACUAAUGGUCAAAUUAAUAAUAAACCAAUUUUAAGAUUUAAAAAAGAUAAAACUUUUAAAAUUGUUCAAUUUACUGAUAUGCAUUAUGGAUCAGGUUCUCAAAAAGAUAUUGAUACUGUAGAAAUGCAAGAAAAUGUUUUGGAAAUUGAAAAACCAGAUUUUGUUAUGUUUUCAGGUGAUAUGAUAUCUGGAUAUUUACCAAUAUUUUCAUUAGAUAUAAGAUUUUAUGAUUAUUAUUGGGAGAAAUUUACAGCGCCAUUAAUAAAAAGAAAUAUACCCUGGGCAAUUACAAUGGGUAAUCAUGAUGCACAGGGACCAUUGAUUUCAUCAGAUUUAGUAGUGAAAGAUCAACAAUUUCAAUUAUCAUUAUCUCAAUUAGGUCCAAAUGGAAUUCAUGGUGCUUCAAAUUACUAUUUAAAUGUUUUUUCAUCGGAUUACAAUGAAACAACCUCUGAAAAUCCAUUAUCGGAUAGGGAUAAAUAUAUAUCAUCAUUGAUUUAUAUUUUCGAUUCUGAUACUAAACAAUGUAAUAAAUUAGAUUGGGGUUGUGUUCAUGAGGAUCAAGUAGACUGGUUUAAAAAUGUAUCAAAAUCAAAUAAUAGAAAGAAUUCUGUAUCAUUUAUUCAUAUACCUCCAAUUGAAGUUAUUGAUCUUUGGAAUCGUCAUGAUAAAGUUUACGGUUCAUUCGAUGAGAAAUCUUGUUGUUUUAAUAAUAAAAAAUCAAGAUUUGUAAAAGCAUUAUUGGAAAAUAAAGAUGUUAAAGGAUUAUAUUUUGGACAUGACCAUAAAAAUGAUUUUCAUGGUGAUUAUCAUGGAAUGGAUAUGGGAUAUGGUAGAAAAUCAGGUGCUGGAUCAUAUAGCUCAGAGAAACCAUUAGGUGCCAGAGUCAUUGAAUUAACUGAAAAUCCAUUCACAUUAAAUACCUGGAUAAGAGAAACAAAUGGAAAUAAAAUUAUACAAACCAAACCUCAUAAAAAACGUCAUUAUAGUUAUGGAUGUAGUUUAAAAAAUAAAUAUUCGACCAACCAAAUUAUUUUAAUCAUUUCAUUUUCAGUUACAUCAUGUAUAGUAUUUUUCUCACUUAUUAUAUUAUCAUUUAUUAUUUUUAAAAAGUUUAAAAAAGGAAAUGAUAAAAAAUUGAAUAAAUCAAAUGACAAUGCAUUUAAUAAUAAUAAUGAUAUUAAUAAUAAUAACAAAGUUAAUUCUCAAUAA